AUGCGAGGGGCGAAGAAACGCCAGGCGCUGCCCGCCAUCGUGCUCCUGCUGCUGGCUUCGGCCCCGCCGCCGCCGGGCGCCGAGGGCAGGGACGUACCCGCCGCCGGAGCCGAGCGGGGGGCGCUCCUCGACCUCCUCCUCCAAGCCCUGGGGGACGGCGGCCGCCCGCUGCCGCCCCGCCCGCCGCGGCGGGACCGGGUGAUCUCCCGGCGGUACAGCGGCGGCGCCCCGCCGCCCGACCCCCGCGCCAUCGCCGCCGCCGCCCCCCGGCCGCCCCCGGCCGCCGCCGCCGCCGCCCCGCCGCCGCCCCGGCUCUUCGCCGCUGCCCGCCACGGAGAGAUUUUUCCAAGAGAUUCCAGUCUAAAAGACAAGUUCAUAAAACACUUUACAGGGCCAGUCACAUUUUCAUCAGAGUGUAGCAAGCACUUUCAUCGACUGUAUCACAACACAAGGGACUGCUCAACACCAGCCUAUUAUAAAAGGUGUGCAAGGUUGCUAACAAGAUUAGCAAUGAGCCCUUUGUGUACGCAGUCCUAGGAUGUUUGCUAUACUUUCUACCAAGGAGAGAAUUCUGAUUUGCCAAGAAAGUGCCUUGAAAUCUUCCAAGACAGAGAAGACAUCUUUUACCUUUUUGAUUUACAACAUUUUGUUACUAGAUGCAUUUUAUUUUCCUAUAUUUGUUGGACAUUCCAUAUUUGUGUGAAACAUUAUUUUAUUUUAAUUUGUAAAUUUGUUGCCUAUAGUUCAGACAAGCCAAUUAUUUAAAUACAUUGUAUAUAAAGAAUACUAAUGAUAUACUGAUUAAAUGUUAUAACCAUAUGCAGGGAGUUGGUAAAAUUUUGCUGUUUCUCUUGUCCCAUUGUAUUUACAUCAUUCUGCUCAGGCUCUUACUUUCAUUAUUUGCACUAACUUGAAAUGCAGAAGUCUAUGUAACUGAAAUCUGAAUAAGCUGUAAGUGGGGAAAUUUACUUGCCGUGGAAGAUAUUUUAUAUUAUGAAGCCUUGUUAAUAUAUACAUAUAUAUUAUUGCGCAUCAGAAAAAAAAUUGCUCAGAAAUGCACCUUGCUUUCAGGAACAUUUGUAUGACUAUUCUGGAUUUUCAUCAGUUACAUUUGUACUGGCACUUAUGGAAAGAGUUGCAAAUAAUGUAAAUAUAAAGACUGGAAAACUGCAAUGCAGUUCUGAUGGA